CCCCAAUUCUUUGUUCACCUGCUUCGUCAUCAUCGAUCCUUCCCCCAUAUACCCUCCCCUGCCUCUACCAUUCUCAUUCAAACACCAUUACCUCAGAAUUCCAUGCGCUGAAAUCCUCCAUGGCCGAAGAAGGAAGGAAAAAUCGGCUGGCCGAAUCUCGGCGCUCAAAGCGCCCAGAUGCCGAUCCUCUUCCAGACCUCUCUGCUUUCAUGAACGAUCGCUUCUUCUUUGGCGACACAGUCAAUUUCCCACAAAAUCCAUCUCAAAACAGAGAUCUCCACAACGAAGAUGACGAAGAAGAAGAGGAGGAAGAAGAAGAAGAGGAGGAGGAAGAAGAAGAAGAAGUGGCCCUAAAUCAAAAGGGUAUUAAUGGCGUAAAUAACAGUACGAGCCGCAGCCGUCAAACACAGGAAUGGCUGGAAGAGGCCCGGCUAAUUGUUUCUUCUUCUCCCGCCCGACGAUCUUUCCACUCCCAACAAUCUCCAGGCCCUUCAAUCCUAAAUUACGCUCGACAUGAGCAUCUCUCUCGCUCGGCAAGACGCUCUCUUGAUUCUUCCCCUUUGUCCGCCUCUGUAAGGCUUGAUUCCCGCCCAAAUAUGCCCUCUUCCAGAUUUGGUGGCGCCCCCAAUUCGAUCACAUCAGAUUCCCACCCAAAUUUUUCCUCUUCCAGAUUCAGCGGUGCCCCCAAAUCGGUCACAUCAGAUAAGGAGAACAAUAGAAGUGAGAAUCAUGUCCAGAACUGGUUCGGGAACAUUUUGAAAAAGGAAUCCAGAACUGGAUCACAGAAAGAGGAGUCAGAAAAGGUGGAUUCUCGUCCUGCGAAGCCGCCAGUGCAGGGUCGGCAGAGUAGUGAAGGGCGUAAUACGCUGGGAGAUGUGCUGAAGCACAAGAAGUAUAGUAAUGGAGGGAAAGAGGAGAAGUUUAGUAAUGGAGGGAAAGAGGAGAAGCCUGCUGUUGGAGAUCUUUCGCCUCCCAGAAGAUCAAUGCACAUUCAUGUCAGGUCUUCGUCUGCUUCCCCGUUUUGUGGUGCUGCUGGUGCUGCUGCUGCUACGCCCCGCUCUGGAUUUGGAUCUCAGAAGAAGGAUGUGAGUUGCCUCAACCAUUUCUUGAAGAAACAGAGAGACAGAGUCAAGGGUGGAGCCUCAGGGCAUGCUAAAAUUGUUCUCUCUCCAACCACACCCUCAACAAGCUCAAUGGUAGCCACAAUAGGAUAUGCAUGGUUGUUGGCAGAAACAGGCGAGGCAGAAACAGUGCCCGUGAUGAACAUGAAGCGCACACAGAUGCGAGCUCAGAAGCAGGCUGCUUGCCUUUUCCACCACAUCGGCAUAGACGCUCGAUCUAUGCUAUUUGCAGACGAGGUGGAUAUGGAGAGUUUUUCUGGCACAAGAAAACUUAACGUUAUAAUGAUCGGACAAGAUGCACUCCACACGAAUACUAAUGAUAAUGAGCAUGAUGGGGUCGUUUCCCCAUGCACACUCCUUAUAGAUGAAUACUACCAACGAGGUUAUAAGCUAUUGGAAGUUCCUUAUUUAAGGAAACUUUUGCUUGCAGGAAUUCUCCUAGAUACAGAAAAUUCAUUUGAUUGUGUGAAACGCAAGGAUGCACGAGCAAUAGAUUUGUUGUUAAUAGAUGCAAGUCCAGAUCAUAAGAAUAAUCUUUUACAUCUAUUGAAUGAAAAACAUAAAGAUGACACAUUUGAAGAAGUUUUGCGAUCCAACUACGGAGAGCCUGUAAUAAAAGGUAAUUUUUGA